CUAUCUGCCACGGCCCAUCCCUCUACAGGAAAGUUCCUCCGGAUCCCCAAAGAAAACGCUCUGUUUACAAUCAAACUCCUUAUUAAAUUUAUAUACCUUGCCGAUUGGUUGUUUGUGAAAGAAAGAAGAGGAAGACUGAGAAAAAAUGCGAAGUUUUUGACCUCACUGCAGCUGAUCUUAUUGAAGUUUGGAAAUUAAAAAACGAUGCGUUCCACUGCAGAGGGACCACCAUGCCCGCCUGGGGUAGUAGAGACAAGCAGCAGCAACAACAACAAUAACAACAACAACAACCAGAUGAGUAGCAGAGAAAACAAUGGAAAUUCAGGCUCCCAGUAUGCUCUAUGUGCAUUGGGGGUUGGACUCAUUGCCCUUGGAGUAGUGAUGAUUGUCUGGAGCAUAGUGCCUGCUAACACAACUUUUAAUAGCAGCAGCAGUGGUAAUUCAGGGGGGAAUGGUGGCAUGGAGAGCAAAAGACAUAAAGCGUCCUCUGUGGCCUUUGUGCUGGCCGGCUCCGGGGUAGCUAUGCUGCUGCUGUCUCUGUGUCUUGCAAUGAGGAACAAACAACAAGAGAGACUGAGACACCAGGAGGUCCUAAACCGGAGAGAAGCAGAGAGGGAGCAGGAGACAGAAACGGCUGAGGAGCAGGCCCAGCGCUAUGCAGUACCCAGCUAUGAGGAGGUAAUAUGCAGCGGGCAGUACCCUGUUCGCCAGAGCAACCUUCGUCCAAGUGUCUCCCAGCUGCCAUCCUAUGACGAGCUGGUCCAAAGUGACAGCAUCCAAUACGAGAACGAGGGCGCCGAGGUCAACACUACCAUACCACAGCCUGCCCUAGCCUGUAUAGCUCCCUGCGCCACGGUUUCCACAUCAAGUCACAGAUCAGGAAGAAACAACCGCAAUUUCCUCCCCAUCAAAAUACGAAGGAUUAAGUCAGAAAAACUACCCAUGAAAAACACUGGUAGCUCCCAACCUACCGAUGGAAUCAGUAUUGAACCUCUUACCCCUCCACCACAGUAUGAAGACAAGGUGCCUCCACUUUAAGAUUUAUAGCUUAAAACUUUUGACAGAAUUUCCUGGUAGCUUCCAUGUCCAGUGUUUGUGGAUCUGGAUGUGCUUUGCUCGGCCUAAAAUUGAAUGUGGCUUCUUGCUUUUGGGUGAAGCAUAUUAUUUGCUGAAGUUUGUCAUCAUGGCUCAUGAUGGUAAAUUACCCUACAGAGAAGCCUGUCGUUUAUGGGCCUUACUGGAUCAUACCAUGCAGAGACAAAGUUAUGUCAAGCUGUGUUGUUUUAAACUCUAAAUCCAGCGUUCUAUGUUAUGAAGUCGCACUCCUCUCCGUGUUGAUUUAAGAGGUGAAUUGAUGGUAGGUAAUAGUGCAGUUAAUGAGACAUUAGAGAGGGCUAUCUUUGAGGAGUUAAUCGGUAAGUGCCAUUUAAAUACUUGUGAUUAUUGAAUCUAACUUUUUUAUAUCUGUGGUAUUUCAUUAAUGAAAAUGGUUGAAUUUUAAAAGAAUGUAAUCAUUCUGCUCAUGCUGAAGGCUAGCAGUCUCGUGGAGCUGUUAUGUCGUAG